CGAAAACAAUCUCAAACUGUCAUAAGAUUUUGCAGCCGCGCGCUGCGAAUGCCGGUACACAUUUCAUUCGUUAGUGAAAGGAAUCACUGCCUAAAAGAUUCUCACUUGUUAUCGAACGAUCUCCUUAUUUAGCAGAAAGCAAUCGGCCUGCAAUGGCUUCCGCAGUGGAGACCAUCUCAUCGCGAGAAAUCGAGUGCCGCAAAAUUUGCAUAGAACGAUUCGUUUACGCUAUACUCUACAGCGUCGGGGCUCAGUUUGUACUCCUGACAGUUUUCCUGCUGCUCGUUAAUCUAAGCUUGCUCCAUCCAAUCACUUGGAUUGCGGGCUCAUUCCGACUUGUCUUCUCGCUAUCUACAUGGCUGUGGAUCAUGCCUCUGAUCAGUGCUGUGAUAAUUCAUGGGAUGUUUCUGGCCAAAUCAUACCUCUCGGAAAUUAAGUAUUGCCCAACGAGGUUCCAACAGCUUUAUAGAACAUUCAAACAAAAAUCAAUUCUGUUAUCAGUGAACUGCGUUGUCGGAUUUUUGACGGCCUGGCUGUAUACACGCUUUUUACGGGAUGAGUAUCGUGUCCUUUUCCUCCCCAGCGAGAAAGGAACAUUCAUACUGAAUGAAAAAUAUCUCUUCCUUCUCGUGGGAGGAACCUUCGCUGGAAUAUACUAUUUCCUGAAGACCAAGAAUGACGAAUACUCUCUGAACUUUCCGCCUAUUCAGCAACCACGAUACCUGCAAAUCCGGGCUCAUCUGUACAGCAUCGUAUAUCAAUCCAUGUUUAAGUCCUUCGUUCCAACGCUGGUCUACGUGAGCUUCCACUACACAUUCAGCUGCGUUUACUUCCGAUACAAACUGGCUGCCUUGUUCUACGGUGUGAAACUCGCUGAAGAGUCCUCAUUUACGUCGCUCUACUCUACUGUAGCUGACAUACGUAUGAUGCUCUACUGUUGGAUUUUAUCUUCCCAAAUUCUGAGUAAUAUGAGCUUGAUACAAAUGCUAUUCCACAUUUUUCUAACGGAAUGCAGACAGUUUCCGUUGGAAAAAUCGGCGAUGGUCGAUGAUUCAGCAGUGUCAAUAGUGGAAGCGUUGGCCAGCGAUAAAAUACCAAUCAUACAACAACUAGCUGCCUUACACCUGUUCAAUAUCUCCGAAGACUGUGAUCCCGCCGGAAGAGUGCCAUUGUAUGCCCUAUCCAUUCCGGGCGGUCAUCCAUACAAUUGGCGCAUGGUCUCUGGAGAGUGCAUCCGGCUUAUUCGGGAAUUUUCAACAGAGUUAUCCAAAUCAAUCGAAGGCGUUGCGCCCAAAAUGAGACCGGAAAUGAGUAGGCUUCGCCCGACAGCUUCGAUGGACGCUGAGAAAACAAUCAUGAAGCAGUAUAAUGAAAGCUUCGGUAUACGAAGUCUGUCCACCAAUGGUCUGCCAGCGGAUUCACCACAACAGUCCGGUACAAUGUGCAAAGCAAUCGAUCGUCGCCUCGAUUCAUUCCGGGCCACACUUCGAAGCAUCCCGGGAAUCUUUUACUUGUUUGGUGAAUCAAAAACCGCCAAAACGUGCUAUCUGCUGUCUACCCAGUCCAACCAGAUCGUGUGGACAAGUCAAGCUCUGGCCUCGCUGGCGGCGCGUUCAAUUACGGAGGACCAGUUUGGUGUGGUACAAUCCGACUUACCGUUGAUUAUACGAACGUUACUGCAGCUGAAACAGGUGCUGGAUAAGGUUGGUUCUAUUCAGCUGGACGUGAAGAAAAUCGAUCGGAACUAUGUAGCCUUGCGGGCGGCCACCAAGCGGAGCUUGUAUCGGAUUUCCUACGCUUUUGCGGACUACCUAAACGAUAUCGUGCUGGAGCCAAGCGACGUGGAGGCGAUGCACGGCUUCGUCAACUAUCGGGAGGCGUAGUGGCGGAAUAGAUUAAUCGCGUACUAAAUAUUCAAACUCACUGGCAUUAUUUUAUAUCGUAUCAUUUGUUAAAUAAAAUAUGUUAAUUUGAUUACUUUG